UGCCCUGCAGCCGCCUCGGAGCUGGUGCCUCCCCCGGCGCCGCGCCGUACUUAAGGCGCCGCCGGGACCUCUGGGCUCAGACUCCCGGGACUGCCCGUCGUCUCCGAGGAGCCUGCGAAGGAGGUGGAGCCGCAGCCAUGAGGGUCUGGACCGUGCUGCUCGGAGCCGUGCUGCUGCUGGCGGCCUGCCAGGCUGAGGAGACCAAGGCCAAGUGGGAAGAGACUGUGGAAGUGUUUCGGGAGUACGUGAACCGGCUGAGCCUAGCUACCGAUGACAUCACGGAGCAGAUCACCAGCUCCCAGAUGGGCAAGGAAAUGGACAUGCUGAUCAAGGACAUGGUGGCGGAGCUGCAGGCGUACAGAAAGGACGUGGAAGAACGGCUGGGCCCGCACGCGGUGGUGAUGCGGGAGCGGCUGCAUACAGAUGUGACGGUGCUGGGCGAGCGGCUGCGUGUUGACAUGGAGGAAGCCAAGACCCGGGUGCAGCAGUACCUGGGUGAGGCUCGCCAAGUGGCGGGCCAGAACCUGGAAGAUGUGCGCAGCCGCGUGGGCACCUACUUGCGCAAGCUGCGCAAGCGUCUGGCCAAGGACACAGAGGAGCUGCGCCGCAAGCUGGAGGCCUACAGUGCGGAAGCCACCCGGCACCUGGAGACCGUGCGCGAGGACCUGGAGCCGCUGCGCGAGAAGGGGCAGCAGCGCCUGGCGGCCCUGCAGCAGGCAUUGCGUGACCAGGGCCAGCGCUUGCGUGAGCAGCUGGAGGUGCGCGCCCAGGAUAUGCGUGGCUCCCUGGACCGCGCAGCCACGCAGCUGCAAGAGUGGCUCGAACCCUUCCUUGCGGACAUCCGCACCCAGAUGCAGGGGCUGCUGGACAAGCUGCAGGCCAAGGAGCAGCAGUAGGCGCUUCCCCAGCCCCCCAGGGCCUGCUGCCCCCACCGGCCUCUGCACUCGCUGGGGACCCCUCCCCAGCCCCGUGCCCCCCGCAGUCCCCACUGUCACGCUCUCAAUAAAGGCCUGCUUCGGGCA